CAUUUCAAGCAUGAACUAGUCGUAGCACCAGCGAAAACGGCACCUUAACUUCCAUUCUGCAUGCUCUUGUUUUCUCAUUGAAAUAAUUUUCAAGUAAUUUGUGAAGUGCUAGCUGUUCCGUACCAAAACAAACCGACUGCGCAUGCGUGCAAGCUGACCGUGGUCAUAUGACAUCAACCAGGAAGUGCUCGUCUGGAAUCAAACGCAUCAGUCCUGAUGGAAGCCGAGUCGAUGGAGAGAGGCGCAGCCGCCCCAAAGCUGCAGUUCGCCCCGUUCUGCAGUGCCCUGGAGGCAGGAUUCUGGCAUCAGCUCACCCAGAAGAAGCUCAAUGACUUCCGCUUAGACGAGAGUCCCAAACACAUCAAAGGCUACUACUAUAACGGUGAUCCCGUUGGCUUGCCGACACGCUUGACACUGGAGUUCAGCGCAUUUGAUGUUGAUGGAGCCACACCUGCUCGCUGCUGUCCAGCCUCUGGAACUCUCUACAACACCAACACAUUAGAAGCCUUCAAAACCACCGACAAGAGAGCUCUGCUGGAGAAAGAAGCCAAUGAGAUCUGGAGCGUUAUUCAGUCAGGAGCUGUGCUGGAAGACUCCUCAAUCCUAAACAAAUUCAUCCUCUUGACAUUUGCGGAUCUGAAGAAAUAUCAUUUCUAUUAUUGGUUCUGCUUCCCUGCCCUUUGUUUUCUGGAGGGGGUCCAGCUGCUGCAGGAGCCAGUGUCAUUAGAGCACAGCUUCUCUGCCAAACAGAUAUCAAGCCUGCAAAUGGCAUAUGAUGAUCUGUGCGCCUCCAGUGGUAUGACGGCAGUCCCACAUUUUCUGCUCAAGUACACAGAUGAAAGUGUUGAAGUCGCUCCUCUCAAAGACUUGACCUCCUUCUUCCAAGACCUAAAGAAGAUUACCGUGGGUGUGUAUGACCCAUGCACACUCCCUCAACAUCCAGGCUGGCCUCUCAGAAACUUUCUUAUCCUCCUCGCAAAAAAAUGGGGUUCACAGCUGGAUGUGCUGGAGGUUCUGUGCUUCAGAGACAGGACUCUACAAGGGAGCCGCUCAAUUCAGCACAGCAUCAUCUUUCGGGUCAAGCUCCCAGACCUCACAGCUUCUGCAGUAUGUCCAAAGAGUGUGGGUUGGGAGAAGAACGCCAAAGGUGCGAUGGGACCUCGAAGUGUCAAUCUCAGUGAAUGUAUGGACCCUAAAAGGCUCGCCGAGUCUUCCGUCGAUCUCAAUCUGAAGCUGAUGCGUUGGAGGCUGGUCCCGUCUCUGGAUCUGGACAAGGUCGUGUCGACGAGGUGUCUCUUGCUGGGAGCUGGGACUCUGGGCUGCAAUGUAGCAAGAACACUGAUGGGCUGGGGUGUGAGACGCAUCACUUUCGUGGACAAUGCGAAGAUCUCCUACUCGAACCCAGUGCGGCAGCCGCUCUAUGAGUUUGAAGACUGUCUGGGUGGAGGGAAGGCUAAAGCUCUCGCCGCGGUGGACCGACUACAGAAGAUCUUUCCUGGUGUGCAUGCGGAGGGCCACACCAUGAGCAUCCCAAUGCCAGGCCACCCAGUGAACUUCUCUGAGCUGACAAUGACUCAAGCUCGGCAGGAUGUGGAGCAGCUGGAGAAGCUCAUCUCUGAACACGAUGUGGUCUUCCUGUUGAUGGACACUCGUGAGAGCCGCUGGCUUCCGACCGUCAUCGCUGCUAGCCAGAGAAAGUUGAUAGUUAAUGCUGCUCUGGGGUUCGACACGUUUGUGGUAAUGAGACACGGCCUUAAGAAACCCAAAGAGUCCCCGUCUGAAGAGUCCAGCCCCAUGUCUGCCUCCUCCAGCUCCUCAUGUUCCUCCACACCUGCAGCCUCCAUCACACCAGGAGCGUCUCUAUUCUCCAACAUACCCGGACAUCGUCUCGGCUGCUACUUCUGUAAUGAUGUGGUCGCCCCUGGGGACUCUACCAGAGACAGGACUCUGGACCAGCAGUGCACAGUGAGCCGUCCCGGUCUGGCCAUGAUCGCUGGAGCCCUGGCCGUGGAGCUGAUGGUCUCUGUACUCCAGCACCCAGAGGGAGGUUAUGCUGUGGCCAGCAGCAGUGAUGACCGGAUGAAUGAACCCCCGACCUCACUGGGUCUCGUCCCCCAUCAGAUUCGAGGAUUCCUGUCAAGAUUUGACAACGUUCUUCCUGCAAGUUUGGCGUUUGACAAAUGCACCGCAUGCUCGCAGAUAGUUCUCGAGAAUUACGAGCGAGAAGGUUUCCAGUUCCUGGCCAAGGUCUUUAACUCCUCCCAUUCCUUCCUGGAGGAUCUGACCGGCUUGACUUUGCUCCAUCAGGAGACUCAGGCCGCUGAGAUCUGGGACAUGAGUGAUGACGAGAGCAUUUGAGGGACC